AUGCCUACAACUUCAGAAACUUCAACUGCACCUCCUACGAUCACAACUACAACUGAACCCACAACAUCUCUUGACCUCACAACAACUCAAGCUCCCACAACCACAGAUGUCAGUACUGAAACAACACCUGUUACUUCAACAGUGCUGCCUACAACUUCAGAAAGUACAACAGUAGAAACUACAGCUACAGCAUCAACAACCACAACUUCAUUUCCCACUACUACAACAUCAGCUCCAACUUCAUCUGAAUCUCCAACUGCAACAACAGUUAUAACUUCAGAAACAACAACACUUACUUCGACGACAACACUUGCUUCGACAACAAUGCCUACAACUUCAGAAACAACAAUUGUAAUUGAAACAACAAAUGCAGCAUCCACAACCCCAAUUGAUCCUUCAACUACUACAUUAGCUCCAACGUCCUCUGAAGCUCAAAGUACAACAGCGCAGACCACAGUGCCUCUUGUAACCACAACUACUGAAGCUGUCACAACCACAAAUGUUAGUCCAGAAACCUCAACUGUUCUUUCAACAACAAUUUCUACAACUUCAGAAACUUCAACUGCACCUCCUACAACCACAACUACAGCUGAACCCACAACAACUCAAGCUCCCCCAACCACAGUUGUCAGUACAGAAACAACACCUGUUACUUCAACAGUGCUGCCUACAACUUCAGAAAGUACAACAGCAGAAACUACAGCUACAGCUUCAACAACCACAACUUCAUCUCCCACUACUGCAACAUCAGCUCCAACUUCAUCUGAAUCUCCAACUGCAACAACAGUUAUAACUUCAGAAACAACAACACUUGCUUCGACAACAAGACUUGCUUCGACAACAAUGCCUACAAUUUCAGAAACUACAACUGCAAUUGAAACAACAAAUGCAGCAUCCACAACCCCAAUUGAACCUUCCACUACUACAUUAACUCCAGUGUCCUCUGAAGCUCAAAGUACAACAGCGCAGACCACAGUGCCUCUUGUAACUACAACUACUGAAGCUGUCACAACCACAAAUGUUAGUCCAGAAACCUCAACUUACAGAAACAACACCUCUUACUUCAACAGUGCUGCCUACAACUUCAGAAAGUACAACAGCAGAAACUACAGCUACAGCUUCAACAACCACAACUUCAUCUCCCAUUACUACAACAUCAGCUCCAACUUCAUCUGA